ACUUAACUCACAUACAAGUACUGUAUGUGUAUCUUGCUCCCCUGAUCUCAGAAUCAGUUUAAACCCCAAUUCAUUAUUUGUUGGGUAAUAGAUACUGUAAAUGGCUUUUAUGGUCUAUGAGUCAUUUAACAAGUGGUCUAUGAUAUCAGCCCUCUGGAACAGCCCUUGUCAUAUUCUGCCUUUUUUAUUGAACUGUUUAUAUUCUGGAGGUAGUGACUCGCUUGACAGAUCACUGUAAAUGCUCCAUAAGCAGUUGUUUGCUUCACUGAAUCAGUCUUUAAAUCCAACUUGGUGGUUGAUUCGAAAGUCAGUGAGCCUAAAGAUACAACAGAUUAAAGGUUCAAAUAGUUUGCUUGACUCAAACCUCUAUACUCUUGAGUCUUAAACAUUAGUCCUCACAUUUCUCGGUCUGUUGAACCUGUCAAUAUGUUGCCUACUCUCAGAAACAAGACAGUGUUCCUUCCUAAUUUCUUGAAGUUGACAUGAUGGAAUACUCUCGACUCAUAUUAUAAUUUAUAUCUUGGUUUUACAAUCCAGUGUCAGUUCCUUUAAGAGUACUGAUACGUCUUUAUUUGUUGCAAGAAGAAAAUUUUAUAUGUUUGUUUUACGAGUUCACUGCCAGCAAGAGUUUGUGGACUAUUCAUUUCUCUAAUUGAUUUUUGUCUGAGAUGAUUACCAUUGUGAUAGUUAAUUUGUAGGCAUGUUUGGUGAUGAUCUGUCUUAAGUAAACAAAGAGGAUUCACCCACUGAGUGACGAAGUGAAGAAAAAUUUACCAAACUUUGUGAUGCUGGAAUGUACUUGUGAAAUGACCAUAAAACAAAGGCUUGAUGUAUCAAGAAACCCCAUUUAUGGCUGAAGAGAAGGGACGAGUGACCUGGAAUCCUUCAUUCAUUCAUUGCUGGGUUUCUUUAUUGGCAGAGGAAUGUGAAGAUUGGUGUUUGUGACCCAAGUAAAGCCAAAUAUUCCUUGUUUCUUGCAGUUUACUUUCUGGUUAACUGGAUUUUCAAACAACCCCCAAAAUAAUGACAAAUUUUGCUUCAGAAAUUGUGGUUUCUUGGGUGAGUAGCUGUUUAUGCAACAUUUGCUCUGUUUCAACUGGAUAUUGUCUUUGCCUCACAACACAGAUAUCUUCCUAAACAUGACAGACAGCCUUUAGUGGGUAGUCUGGUAGGUUUAUCUCAGUGGCUAUAAAACGAUAUUUCAAACUUCACUCCUGGGAUAGUAUUAUGUGUAGGUGUCUUAAAAGAAUCUGGAAGCAAUGUAGUUUUAUCUCUCACUGGUCUUCGAAUAAUCUUGAUACAUUUCUCUCUACAUUCUUAAAUACCCCAGUAAACUCAUUUUCCUUUGGACAACCCUAAUUGGUCUUCAGGUUACUCCUCCUACCCCCCCCCUCCCCCCUUCCUCCACAUAAUAAUUUCUGUCAUUGCCACGAACACAUGCUAUAUGGGCCCUUACUCUCAUAAAUAUAUACCACCUAAAGCUGUAUUACUAUAAACUCGAACUGCCAAAAGCCUAUACUAGUGAGUCCGCUAAUUUAAACCUUCAUUGGCAUCAGUUCCCAAAGCUAUAAACUCACACUGCCUUAAACCCUCUCUACCAUAAACUUAUUCCUUAACCAUUACUCAUACUUAAAGCUGACUCACCUCAUGAUCAUCUCAAUAGGCUCAUAUUCCACACCAUCCUCACCGCCACCUUUACAGCUGCGGAUGCGGGAUGGGCGGGUACUGACCAUCGAGUACCGACAGCCCGUGCCUGGAGAACGACCCUUUCGCCCGCCAAUUGUGGUAGUCCGCCCUUGGAACACGCAGGAGAUAUGCUAUAUCAAUUUAGCACUUCCUGGACAAAGACUCCUGAACUUCGGUAAAGGUGAAACAAGAGUCAACGUGACCAACCAGCUGCAUGUCAUUCCUGACACUCAGGGUGAUGUCACCAUUGGCUCCACACUACUGUUUGAUGCUCCCCUCUACUGGCAGUUGCCCAGGGGAUUCAAGAGAGACAAGGUCACAUCUUAUAAUGGGUACCUGAGGUUCAGAGUACAUAGUGAAGGUGGCAACAAGAUCUUCCCAGACCAGAUUCUUCAGUCGUAUCCAUUAGUGUCAUUACAAGGCAACUGGCAGCUGGUGUUGGAGUAUUAUCCACCUGCUAUAUCUACUGAUGGCAGAUAUGAAGUCAAAUUACACGAAGAUUAUUGGAGGUUGAAGAACAAGCCCCAGAAAGUGACUCGUGAAAUGAUGAUGAUUGCACUACAAAAUAUCCAGCACAUCCUGAUCCGUGCUACUCAUGCUGCAGAUGCCACCACUGCAUCUAUUCAUGAUGUGACUCUGGAUGUCGCUGCUGAGGGCUCUCCAGUGUCAUCCCGGGUGGCCCUUGGUGUGGAGCAGUGUAUUUGCUCAUCUAACUAUACAGGCACUUCUUGUCAGAAUCCUAACAGUGGAUAUUAUCGUUGGCACAAGAAUAAUUACAUUCAGUCAACAAUCAUCAUUGAUUUAGUGGGAGAGUCACGCCAGUGCCGAUGUAACGGACGCUCUGAAACUUGUGAUGCAGAAACUGGUGUAUGUGAGAAUUGUCGAGAUCAUACAAUGGGGGAUCACUGUGAAGUUUGUGCCACUGGAUACUACGGUAACCCGGCCAGAGAGCGGUGCAAACCCUGUGCAUGUCCAUCUCUGGAACAAAAUUUUGCAGAGACUUGUCAGGCUGACCGUUAUGCUGGUUAUAUCUGCCAUUGUCGUACUGGUUACACAGGCGCUAAAUGUAACAGAUGUGACCAUGGUUACUAUGGACGACCGUCACAGCCUCGGGGUUACUGUCGCCCUUGUGAUUGUGAUCCAUUUGGUAGUGUUCAUGAAGGAUGUGACCGAGAUGGGGUGUGCACCUGCAAGCCAGGGAUCACUGGAAGAGAUUGCUCUCAGUGUGCGUCUAGGCAUGUCACCUCUGCAACAGGCUGUAGAUCUUGUGAAGAUGGCUGUGUGAACAUUCUUCUUGAUGAAGUAGAACAGAUGAUAAGAGCUGCUACAUCAAUAAAUGUAACAGCCUAUGUACCAGCUCCGUGGCCCACAAUAAGAGAGCUCCAAAAUGUGACGAGGAUCCUAAGAUAUCAGCUCGACAGAUACCACAGUAAUGUUGACGUGUCUCAGGAACUUGUGGUGGAAUUUGAUCUCGACUAUUAUUCCAAAGAUCUCAAGCAGAGGGCAGAACAGUUGGAGGCGGCAGCAAGAGAGACCUACCCACCGACAGCAAAACUCAGACUAGAGGCUCAGUCAAUCUUAGACAUACUGAAUGGUCUUUAUACUCAGAUUGAUGAGACUAUUGCAUACCUGAAAAACUAUGCCAUUGGAGAAACACCAAGUAUAUCUAUAGGUGGAGCCAUGAUGGAAGCUGAAAAGAUUCUGAAAGAGAUUCAGAAGCGUAAUUUCACCAAAAAUGAUGCUGAAGCCAAGAUUGAGCUGAGUAAGGCUCACAUUUUGCUCAAACGGAUAAUGAAAAUGGAUCAAGAACACCCGUUAAUAGAAGCAGGUCGCACACACAUAAGGGAUAUUGAGAACAAACUUAAGGAACUACUGCAAAGAAUAGAAGCGGCCAAUCGGAAGACCAAUGAGGCAUCUGAGUUGAAUAAGAACAAUGCCAAGAGACUCGCUCGUGUGCAGACGUACUCGGCAGAGAUCAAGAACUCUCGGUACAUUAUUGACAACCAGAACUUCAACUCUACCCAGCUGCUGAAGGAGGCAAACAAAAAUCUCAUCAACACCAAAAUUAAUUAUGAUGAUCUGACCAACUUGUUGAUUGAUCUAAGAAAUGGAUCCAAUUAUCUUGAAGAAUUUGAAGGUGUAUUGUGGAGACUCAACAUUGAAUACAAGGACAAAUUUGUCAAGAGAGCCCAUGACCACGCGAUGGAACUUAUGAGGGAAUCCAUUCGAUUAGAAAGUUUAUUCAACAAAACAAGAGAUGUUGCUGUUGGACCACUACAAGCAGCUCAAGCUUACCAAAGGAUUGUGGAUGCUUUGUUGAGUGCUGAAGAAGCAGCUAAAAAUGCUUCACUAGCUGCUGAGACAGCUUUCAAAGUGGCAUACCCUGGUGAUCCAGAUAAAUCUCUGGUGCGUCGGGCAACACAAUCUCUUCGCAAGUCUGAAGAGUUACACUCAAAGGGAGAAGAACUGAAGAUGACAGUAGGGCAGCAAUUCUCAGAAUUAGAUAAACAGCGUAGUGCUCUUGGAACUGCAAAGGGAAUUCUGGGUGUUACUGAUGAUCGAAUUAAUGGGCUGAGCACACUUAUGGAAACUCAACUUUCCACAAGUAUCUCCACUGAUAUUCAGGAAGUACUGGACAGAACUGAAGAAACAUACUCUAAUGUCCAGAAAACUUUGGACCAUAUAAAUGCCAUCCACAUGAACCUCACCAUCAUUAGAGAACGAGCGCUGGAACUGAGCCGUAUUGAUGCCUCGCUUCUUUAUGAAAUAAGAGAAACAAUAUCAACAGGUGAGAGUCACACUAUGAAAGGAAUUCGAAAAGCCAAUAAUCUCCGCAAGACUGGUGACAGGAUCGAGAAUUAUAGUAAUGAUCUAAGAGAGAGGAUUGAGGCUCUUAAGCGAAAAAUCAAGCAGACAAGACAGUAUGCAUCUUCAAUUCGUGUCUCUCUUACAACCAAUUCUUCAGGAAUAUGUACAAGGAAGUAUCGACCUGCACUUCAGCCAUCAACAACCACCAAUAUCAUGCUGAGCUAUGGCAUCACCAACUCUGAGAGAAAUGCUCUCUUGGUGUAUCUUGGAACUAAUAAUUCUAGUGACUACAUGGCUGUGGAGAUGGUAAAUCGAAGAAUAGAAUUUUCUUGGGACGCCGGUGGAGGAGCACAACGAAUCACUCACCCGCUCAGGCUGCUGACAAGCACUCCUUACGUUAAUGAUGAUAUAAGAUGGUAUUACAUCAGUAUCAAUCGUAUUGGAAACAUUGGACAAUUGUCUGUAACUCCUGCCAAUGUGGAGGAAACUGGUGAUGAAGUGGGAACAAUAGUUAGUAAUGCUUCUCCAGCAGGCUUCAGUAAAAUGGAUAUCCUACCAUCUGAUUCUCUCUGGGUUGGUGGGGCUCCUUCAAAUGUAAGCGAUUUAUUAAAAACCAACAAAUUUUCUGGCUGUCUACAUACGCUGUCGAUAGAUGGGGAGUAUGUUGGUUUAUGGAACUUCACAACGUCGGAAGGAUGUGGACCCUGUAAUGAGGGGGAAGAAUUAGUGUUGAAGCAGUCAGAUGAAAUAGCUGUUGGAUUUAAUGGCAAAGGUUACUUCAAGGGCAAGAAUAGAGUAAGAAGACCAAAAGAAUAUUACAGCACUGUUCUAGCCUUUAAGACUCUGGAUGAAGAUGCACUUCUCUUCCUAGCUGUGAAUGAAGCUAAAAACCAGUACUUCAGCAUAUCCCUGGAUAGCGGUCAUGUAGUCUUCACCGUGCAGUUUGAUCCUCAAACUCGUCUCCUGAUGAAGUCUAGCAAACAGCUCAACAACAAUGAGGACAUGGUCCAGAUCCAGGCAAUUGUGCCCAACAAAGAACGGGGUGGUGCACGAAUGGGUCGGCUGGUUGUUGGUGACCAAGACCAAAUAGGAACAGUGAAGGGAGGACCUGACCUUGAUCUCUCUUUUGUUCCUUACUACUUUGGUGGUGUUGAUCCAGAAUUUAACAGAGGAAGAUGGGGCAGUGAGUUGGUACUGCGUUCACUACUUGGCUGUAUGACAGGUCUGAGUGUAUUGGACGAGGGCAAGAAUCCUCUUACUGAUGGACAGUAUUAUGGCAUUGAACAGUCUUGUCCAGAAAAGCCAUUAAAUGAUGCAGGAUUCCUUGGUCAAGGUUUUGUUGAACUUCCAUCCCACAUUCUGAAACGAGACUCCAACUUUGGAUUCACAUUCCAAACAAUGGAAGCAGAUGCCUUGUUAAUGCUGUCUACAUUUAUAGGCCAGGACAAUGAAACAGACGGAGACAUGUCUACUACAACAACAACAACCACCACCACUUCAACACCCACUCCUCGUCAGCCAGGGGAAGAACAUCCUCCAGACUACUAUUCUGUGUCACUAGUGGAGGGUCAUCUGGACAUUAGACUGAAUGGAGGAACAAGCAGCCACAGAAUUAUGUCAUCAGCAAAGUACAAUGAUGGGUACUUGCACUCAUUCUUUGUGAUCAAGGAGAACAGGAGGGUGACAUUGAAAGUGGAUGACAAGGAAGUAAAUGGAACAAGAUUAGAUCGAGGCAGCCAAGUUGUGUCCGGACCAGACACCGGUGGGCUUUACUUUGGAGGUGUUCCAAGGGAUAUUGAAGCUGUGACUAUGGUUGGAUCAUCCAGAUCAUUAAAAGGCUGUAUCAGAGAUGUAAUUAUUAACAACAAGGUAGUGUCAUUUUCACAGCCGGUAAAGUUCCAAGACGUAUACAUCGGUCGUUGUGCUGAUCUUCCACAAACUGCUAUGCAAGGAAUGGAAGGAGAUAUGAAGGAGAUUGAUUCAUGUCAGCCCCCAACCCAACACACGGUGGAAUACAAGGCACUUAAAUUUGGAGAUCAGAUAGAGUCAUAUGUAAUGGUACCUUUGAACUCUAGGACCUUCAAGAAGAAUUUCACCGUCUCCUUCGAAUUUAGGACUUAUUAUCCAAAUGGUCUCUUCUUCAUUGUUUCAAACACAAGAAAGAAGAGGACACAAACAAUCUCCGCACAGCUCCGUAAUGGCCGGGUAAUUGUCUCCAUGGAGAAGGAGAGCAAGAAGGGCCCCAAGAACAUUGAGGCAGCUUCCAAACCAGGUCUUAAUACUGGUCAAUGGAGAAAAGUUAUGAUUGAGAAGUUCAGGAAGCGUCUUCUUCUCUUCAUAGACAAUCAGUUGGUGAAGAAAGAAAAAGCUCCUCGUAAGAUGAACGUUGGAAGGGAAUUAUUCUUGGGAAGUCUUCCUGCCAGUGACGACAAUCCAGAUAAUAUGCAGGAAACAGAAACUCUGCGUGGCUGUUUACGAAACCUCAAAAUUAAUGGAGAAGACUUUGAAAUACCAAAUAAUAGGAGACGAGAUCGUAUAGUCGGAGUUGGUCAGUGCUUUGCCAGCGUGCAGCCUGGUUCAUACUUCCCCGGUGAUGCUUAUGCAAUAUAUAGUGAUGACUUUAACGUUGGUUCGCUGUUGGAAUUACGAUUGGAAUUCCGGACUUGGGAAUUAAAUGGUAUUAUUCUCAGUGUUGCUGAUCCUCGAGGAACAUCACUCUCUCUUGAACUGGUGAAUGGAGCUGUCUUGCUGACUGUGGACAUGGGUUCAGGCCAUCCCUUUAGUGCUCGUGUGAGACUUCGAAACAAGUUCAACUUCUGUGAUAACAUGUGGCACACCGUAAAAGCGAGCUACAUUAAAGAUUCUCUUUCCCUGAGAGUUGAUGACUACCGUGAAGCAUACGGCUUUAAUGGCUCUGGUAAUGAUGAGAGAACACUUACAGGUGCUCCAUUCUAUAUUGGUGGCUUACCUGAUGCUGCUCUACAAGGAACAUUGACAGCUCGUGACAACUUUAAAGGCUGUAUCCGCAAUAUUGUUCUCAACAGUGAACGGCGCGAUUGGACUGACAUGUACCGAUUACAGAAUGUUCUUCUUAAUGCUUGUCCAUUUCAGUAAUUGGUUUGUUGACAGUGUCUGCUUUUUACUCAUCCAAUAACCUAAUUUCUUGGUCGUCUUCAGAUGUGUUCAAACAUUUCAUGGUAGUACAAAUCAUGUUUACAUGAAUUGAUAUAAAGAUACAAAGUAUAAUGAAGAUAAAGGACCAGAAAAUUCUUUCAACAAUUAACAAUGGUAAAUGUAAUGUAAAUAUUCUAACCAUAAUGACCAUCUUGUACAGAAGAUUUCAAUGCGCUAAACAUGCUGUUAAAAUAAGUUAACCUGAAGUUUUAUUUUUUAUUUUGUAUAAUAUAUUUUGUAAUUGUUACCACAAUAAUAUGACAGAACUACAGGUUGAAAAAGAAGCACACAGCAGAGGCAAGAUAAGACCUGUCAACAGUUACAUAUUAUUGUUUGUAGUUGUUUAAUGAAAGGUUAAAAAUUAAGUAUUUAUACAGUAAUAACUUUGGUUAUGUGCCAAGCCAAAGUUGAGAAUGGUGUUACAUACCAAAACAAUUUACCUGAUUGAAAUUAAUUUUAAAACUUUUAGAGACUUGUUCUCUGAAAUCCAAUGGUGCUGUAGAUUUUAUGAUUUUCAAUGAUUUCAAAUGAGAAUUUAGUUUUUAUAAGUGCCAACUCUUCAGUUAGACUAUUAGUGUCAUGCUGGCUUUUUUCUGAACUUUUGUGAAUAUGAUUGAGAAGCUAAUUAUGUGUAAUAGUGUUACAAAGUUUAAGUGUGUAAAAAAAAAAUAUUUCAAAAUGUUAAGAAUAGUACUUACUUUUAGUAGUCCUGUUGGUAAUGAUGUUUGGGUAUGUAGUGCCCAUUUAUAUAUAGAUUUUAGCUUUUUGAUAAUGUUGGUGCCAACAGAUCUUUCAUGCACAUAAUUGUAUAAUAUCAUGUUCAUUACUGAGAAGUGAAUGUAGGGACUUAAUUAAUUUUAGUGUAUAUAUUGUGAAGUAUGAAAAGCUACUAGAUGUACUUAUGAACUACUACUGUAGUUACAACUUUGUUUCAAUGAGAAAAUCUGCUUUUUAAUUAAACAUUACCUUUGUUAA